CAAAACAGACAUUCAAAUGAGUGUUAAAAUAUACAACAGUACAAGGACCACUUGACAAAUACACAAUGGACAAUUCAUUUUCUACUUGCAGUAGCCUGCAUCUGGUGUAAUAAACUCUAACAUAAUUAUAAAUGAGAAUGGUAAACUUUCAAGCAGCUGAUGGGUCAUGAGAGGUCAAUGGCUCAAUGUCAUGUCGUAAUUUGAGUUCCUAUGUCUGUAUGAUGAUCUAUGGAGAUGCCAACCUACAAAACUCAAACUCUGGGACAUGAUCAACUUUCCCUUCCCAACCCUAAAAAACAGUGUUAAAAGUAGAGCUCAUUCAACUGGCCUAAAUGCAUUAAUUAUUUCAAAAUUUUCCAUUCAAAAUGCCAAAAAUCACCCAAGGUAAGUGUGAAAAAUGUACUUUUAGCACUUCCCUGGCAUCCAGGACAUUUGGUGACCCAUAUGGUAGACCAGGAGAUUUCGUCUGUCUCUGGGAAACUCCCAGAUAAUCUGGAAGAGGGCAUAGAUCCAUUCCUCCCUGUUUCUGACACAUUUGACAACUUCAUCUUACUUCCACCUUCCAAAAAAACAUACCACAGUAACUGAGCCAUACUGUACUUUAUUAUAGGAAGCCGUCAUCUGGCUCUUCGGUUAAGAAAAUGUUCACCUUCAGCGGGAUUUAGAAGAACACGAAUCUAUUCCGGUGAGAAGAUUCGCGAGUCCAUUACAAAUUUCUAUUCAUUAUUAUGACGUCACUAAGUUAGCCUUCUCCAGUUUCACGGCCUAGUAAAUAUGACGACCACCCGUGCUGAGACUAGCUUUACAAAAUAAACUUUUGUACCCCUGAUAUAGGUUUCACUAGCAAUGUAGCCCUCUACAAUGACUGAUCUCUGCAGAAGGUUUGGCCUUGAUGUUGACGGUGCUAUAAAUCAGCUUCUUGACUACAAAAACUCCCCGGCGAAACAGGUUCAGCUUCCUGAGGGAACAAUACGCUUGCUAUGUCAAGUAUCAAGGGAGGUUUUCAUGCAGGAGGCCAUGUUGCUAGAGUUGAGUGCACCAAUGAAUAUUUUUGGAGAUAUUCAUGGGCAAUAUGAUGAUCUUUUGAGACAUUUUGACACGCUUGGAUAUCCUCCUGAUGUUGCUUGCCUAUUUAUGGGAGACUAUGUAGACAGAGGAAAGAAGUCCUUAGAAACUAUCUGUCUAUUAUUGGCAUAUAAGAUUAAGUAUCCUGCCAACAUGUUCUUGUUACGAGGAAAUCACGAGUCAGCAUCUAUUAACAGAAUCUAUGGUUUCUACGAUGAAUGUAAAAGACGGUACAACAUCAAGUUGUGGAAAACGUUCACUGAUUGUUUUAACUGCCUGCCAAUUGCCGCAGUAGUGGAGAAAACCAUAUUUUGCUGUCAUGGUGGCCUUUCUCCAGAUUUGCAUGACCUGGAUCAGUUGCGCUCGUUGGAGCGGCCCAUGGAUGUUCCAGACAAAGGUCUAGUGUGUGAUCUACUCUGGUCUGACCCAGAUGAGGAUAUCACUGGCUGGGGCGAGAAUGAUCGAGGUGUAUCCUGGACAUUUGGUGGUGAUGUUGUUCGUGCAUUUCUCAAGAAACAUGAUUUAAGCUUAGUGGCACGUGCUCAUCAGGUUGUCGAAGAUGGUUACAGAUUCUUUGAGAAAAGAAAGCUCGUGACGUUGUUCAGUGCGCCGAACUACUGUGGUGAGUUUGAUAAUGCUGGUGGUGUCCUCAUCGUCAGUAAGAACUUGAUGUGUUCGCUGAGCAUACUCAAGCCGGAUAGUUUAACGAUUAACAUCAAAGACACACCAACCCAGAAGAAGAGUGGAAGGCUAGGUCGCUCGUCCAAUCAGAUUGAAGUCCAAUAGUUUUCUUUAUUUGAGCAUUUACAUGGAUGACUUUUAUAGUUCGGUGCAGCUUAUUUACGAACAGAAGGAACACUUUCAUGGAAACAGUUUUCCUUUGUUAUUUAAGCUCCUUUUUUAAAAUUUUAUUUAUGGAGAUAUAAAUUAUAGUGCGCCACAGCCAGAUAACUUUUGUACUGCAUAUUUAUAAAAGAUUAAAUGACUCAGUCGGUGUGGUUGCA